GGGAAUAUGCGGACUAGACAGCCGACUUGCUUGUAACACAAGGUCCCUACACAGAAUUAAGUACGCUCCACUGGACCCGAGUACGCGUCUUGUCCCCGCCCCCCGACAAGGCACAGCAUCCAUCCUCAUGCGCUCACACGCUGCGUGAUCCCCAUCACAAACCGAGAGCGGUGGCUUCACUGAACCGAUGGAGUAGUAGUACAAGUAGUAGUGGGAGUGCUCACGGCUUCCUUUCGCCCUUAUCUCCUCAUUUUUCUUCAAUGGAUUCGCCUUUCCUCCGGAAUACUGCUUCAUCCCAUCGCGACUGAGCUGCCCUGAAUCCUGAAGGAGAAGUCUCCCGACAGGAGGCAAGAUGGCGUCCAACAACACCCUGCGCAGCUACUCCAUCAUCCCAUGUUUCAUCUUUGUAGAGCUCGUCAUCAUGUCCGGCACGGUGUUGUUGGCCUACUACAUGGAGUGCACGGACCUGUUCAGCGUUCAUGUGCAGGGUUUCUUCUGUAAUGACGCUGAGCUCAUGAAGCCAUACCCUGGCACGGAGGAGUCCAGCUUCAUCCCCCCCCUCAUCCUGUAUUGCGUGGUGGCUGCUGCUCCCACCGCCAUAAUUUUCAUCGGAGAGGUGUCCAUGUACGUGAUGAAAUCGACGAGGGAAGCUCUCCUGGCCCAGGAGAAAACCAUUGUGACAGGAGACUGUUGUUACCUCAACCCCCUUAUACGCCGCAUCAUACGCUUCAUAGGUGUGUUUGCUUUCGGUCUGUUUGCCACAGACAUCUUCGUCAAUGCGGGCCAGGUGGUGACGGGAGGUCUCUCGCCCUACUUCCUGUCUGUCUGCAAGCCCAACUACACUGGCACAGAGUGUCGCUUUAAUCAUCAGUUUAUCGUCAAUGGCAACAUCUGCACCGGGAACCCUGUUGUGGUGGAGAACGCCCGCCGGUCGUUCCCAUCCAAGGACGCUUCGCUGAGUGUUUAUUCAGCUGUUUACCUGACGAUGUACAUCACCAGCACCAUCAAGACCAAGUCCAGCCGCCUGGCCAAGCCUGUGCUCUGUCUGGGCACGCUCUGCUCGGCCUUCCUCACCGGCCUCAACCGAGUCUCGGAGUACCGAAACCACUGUUCGGAUGUAGUGGCUGGAUUUAUAUUGGGAUCAGCUGUCGCUCUGUUUCUGGGUAUAUGUGUUGUGAACAACUUCAAAGGCGUCCACAGCGCAGCAGCUAAACAGAAGACUGAAGACUACCGUGGUCUGCCUCUAAUGACUUUCCCCCGUGUAGAGAGUCCUCUGGAGACCCUCAGCGCACAGAACCACUCGGCAUCGAUGACGGAGGUCACAUGACUAAGGGGGCAGCACCGGGUCACGUUUGCGUCUCCACAGCACUUCCAGACACAAUGACGAGGACGCAUGCCACGUGGCUCCGAAUGCUUAACAAAAAAAAAAAAACACUCCUGAUAUAUCUGUUUCAUUCACCUGGGGGACAAAAGACGCCAUGUUUGCAAUGGUUCUCAUCUAGUUGGGCUAUGCUCAAUUCAUCCUGCCGAGGGGCACACAGAUCACAUCAGCUGCAAAAAUAUCACGAAGCAAACGUAAGCACAGAUUGUUUUUCCGGAUAUUUGAAACCAUUUGAAACAUGGGACAUUUUUUUUCCUCCAAGGUGUGCUGUUUGUAGUUAGAGGACGGUGUUUUGUACAUUUUUGUAUGAGCGAGUGCUGUAGCCUAUCCUGAUGGUGUUAAACCUGCACACUUCCUGUCAGCUGACUCACUCUGUCUUACAUCGCAUCCUGCCAGGUGAAAAGCCUCAUCGAUCACCACAUCUAACCCCCCCCUCCCCUUUCAGUCUGAAAAAUCUGCUAUGGAAAAAAACAUAUUGAUGUUGUUGUUCUGUGAUGUUUGUCAUUUGUACAGAAAAAAAGACAGAAUCCUUCUUUUUAUUAUCUCUUUCUGUACAUUAAUUGACCAUGUCAGGUCAUAUUUUGUAAAGAUUUUUGUUAAUCUGUAUGACAGUUAUGAUCCAUUUGGACCUGUUUGCCUGCUGUAAACCUGGAUAUGUUUUGGUAUCAGUUUAAGUGUUUUGGGGAACGACCCCUCUUCCCUUUGGAGGAAAUGACAAGGAAGAGUCAGUGACAUCCUCCGAGUCAGAAAAUGGGGUUUGGCACCUGCUGUGCCAACUUAUCAGCCACAAUGUAUUCUCACUAUGAGUGUGUUUCACCCCAAUUUCCUGAUUCACUGUGAUGUUAAUAGAUAUUUCUCAACAGAGAGGUCCAGUGGGGCUAGCCUGUGCCAGAUCUACCUGAAGAUUUCACUGGUGCGGCUUUACAAUUAAAUUUAAACUGAAAUCCCGAUGGAAGAAGACCUUAUAAAAUAUGCCGGAAAAAAGAAAAAAAAAGAGAGACAGAAAUGCUCUUUGGAGUGAAACUGACUGACUGACUUAAGGCCCGGCUAGCCCUUCUAAUGGAAACCAGGCUAAUGACUCCUGCUUCACUUUUCCUCCUUGAGGUACCCUUCCCCUUCCCCGAGCCACCAGUGGAUUGUGAUGCAAUGUUGUGAUUCCAUUUCCUAUUGGAAGAUACGCCCAGCAUGAAGAGAGAAGUCAAGAUGUUUUAUAAAUAUUCAUGAUUUGAAUUAUACUCAUUAUCAUUGUGAUCAUAAUCGUCUUUUACUUUGGGAACAAAAGAAAAGCAUUUCAUUCAAAAUGCUGCAUAUAUAUAUAUUUUUUUUCUUGGUUUGUCCACGAAUUAAAUAGUCAGUAGCAACAA